UGAGGGCGGGAACUGCGGGAGGGGGCUGAGGGGGGCAACGGAGGGCGGGGCGCUGCGGGAGGGACAGCCAAUGGGAAGGCAGAUCGGAAGGGAGGGCGGUGAGUGACGGCUUCGGGGGCCAAUAAGAGAUGGGGGAUGAACCGAGGGGGGCAACGGGGGCAACGGGGGACGACGUCCACGAGGAGACGAGCGGAGAUGUGUGGCGGCCCACAGUGUACCACUGGGUGGAGAUGCGAGCCAAGAUGCGGAUCAUGGGCUUCCGCGGCGCCGCCGUCAAACCGCUGAACGAGGAAGCGGCGGCGGAGCUGGGGGCCGAGCUGCUGGGGGAAGCCAUCGUGUUCGGCGUGGGGGGGCUGUGCAUCUACCUCGAGUACGCCCGGCAGGCGGGGCAAGCGCGGCGACGCGAAGAGGAGCAGGCGGCGGCCAUGCGAGACAUGGCGGCGGCGCUGGAGCGCAUGCGCGGCGAGCUGGACGCGCUGCUAGCCGAAAGGGGCGGGGCGACGCCA